UGUGGUCUUGCUCGCAAAAAGAAUGGAGGGUGCAAUUCUCCCGAAGGAAACGGUGAAAAAUAAAAGCCGUGAAAAGUAAAAAUCAAGGGUAGUGUGGUGUUUCUGCACAGCAGCGAGCGGCGAGGGUGCAGUGGAUCAUCGUCGAGCGGCGAGGGUUCAGUGGAUCAUCGUUUCCUUUCCUUUGCGACUUAUGAAGAAGGCAUAGGAGGCGAGACAGACUGCAUCACUCACUCACCCCAUUUCACCUCCUCUUGCCAUAGAAAGAAAGACCCAUCAAUCACAACUAGUACAAAAUGAGAAGAAUACACGGAGGAGGAGGAGGUUUAAGUGGUGUCCGAAUCUGCAGCAGCUCAUUCAAUCUGGGCGGCGGAACCGACCAUCCUUUCUUCUCCAAUCUGAAGUUGCCCAACCUUCUCUCCCCUUUUCUCGCCCUUACUCUACUGAAGAAAAUCGUGUUUUGUUAUUCUCGAAUGAUGUCUCCUCUCCGAUCUCUUUGUAUUUUGAUUGAAGACAGCCAGAAGCCUCACCGACUGAAUUUUCGAGGGCGAAUAAAGAGCUCCGGAAACUCAGGGGCUCCAUGGACCUUAUAACAUACCCCAGGACCAAACAGAAGGUACUGUUUUUGUUAGGACCACAUUUAAGAGGAAAUGUCGGCUUUCGGCUUUCAUCAGUAACUAGAGGAAGCAAACAUGCCAUACUCUAAUAAUAUUGUCUUGUGUUUCAAGGAACACCAUUUUAAUUUUCGCCGAGGGUGGCGGUUGAAGUUUCAGCCAUUAGAGUGCCAAGUUCCAAAAUGGCAUGCUUUUGCAAUGUUUCUCAAUUAAGUAAACUCUUUAACCAAACUACUCAAUAAAAGAUGCCAGUCAUUGCAUAUGCCUUUAUAUCUCGACUAAACUUCAGGGGAAGGAAAAAAACAAAGGGUAUGCUAAUUAGUAGCAAUUAAUUUAACAACAGCAAAUACUUGCUUCGAACGCGAUUUACUGGUUACUUUGAGGGAAGGGGCAGUGUAUGGGGUUUGCUUUUUUCACUUUCUAGGAGAUUGAUGGUCUGAGAUCGAUGAUGGCUGAAUGCCCAGAAGAUAAAGACGUGCUUGAUAUGGCAAACGAGGAAUUGAUUCGAGCCAUGGAAGAAGAGAAAAGACUGCAGAAUUUGUUGCUGAAGUCAUUACUUCCCAAGGAUGAUGCUGAUGAGAGGGACUACAUUUUGGAGGUGGGAGCAGGAACUGGAGGGGAAGAGGCUUCUUUAUUUGCGAUGGAUAUAUUCAAGAUGCGUGAGAGAUUCUCGCAGAAGAAUGAUUGGAAAUUUGAAGCGGUUGAUAUAAUGGAGUCUGAUUUGAAAGGAUACAAGGAAGCUAGUGCGGCAAUCUCAGGAGCUGAUGUUUUUGGGAAACUCAAAUUUGAGAGUGGAAUUCACAGAGUUCAGCGUGUUCCAGUGACAGAGAAAUCGGGGUGUGUUCACAUGAGUGCUGUGUCUUUUGCUAUCCUUCCUCAAGCUGAUGAGAUGCUAAACUCUGUAAAUGAUAUCCAGAAAUAUGUUAUCAGGAAGAUUCUGAAAAUUCAUCACUUGAGGGUUUUGUGUUAGUCUCUAAGCAUUUAUAAUGAAGAGCAUGGUGCAUCAUCACGCUGUCCUCUAUAACUGGCAAUUAUGCUCUUUGGUCAUUAUAGUAUUUGGAAGUAUCAAUACAUCUCAUUUCUGUUCUCGGAUGACCCCUUUUGAUGUUUCAGUUCCAAUAUGAUUGGAUUUUGGGACUUGUUUUGAUUUGCUGUAUUCGGGGCUUCUGCUGCUAGACGUUCAAUUAAGGAAUGAAGAAUUGAGAAUUGGCGCUUACAGGUCUGGUGGUUCUGGUGGCCAGCAUGCAAAUACCACCAACAGUGCUGUUAGAAUAACUCAUCUUCUGACCAGGAAAACUGUUUCCGUACAAGAUGAACGAUCCCAGCAUCUGGUAAAGGACUCUCGUCAAUUACACUUUCGGCUUCUGAGUGUUUGGGAUCUUUGGUCGCUACUGGCCUCUCUUUUCAUUUAUUUGAGAUAAUCUUUUCUUACGAUUGCAGACAUAUUUCCCUAGUUUAAAAGUAGAUUCUUAUUGAAACUAAUGGUAAUUGAUUAAAUAGCAGAGUAGAAGAUCUCGUGAUUGAACCGCAAAUAACAUUCGAAUGGAUUAAAAACAUUAAUAGCCAUGUAGCAUUUUCAAACACACUCUAAUGUCAAUUUCUGCCUUUGAAAUUUUGUUAUCCAGGUCCCAUUGGAGGGAUGAAUUCUGGGUUGUAUGUAUUUCAAAUCACACACUAAAUUGCUAAUAGUAGCAGUGCCUUUAAUUA